CGCUUCCAAGUCUUGUUUCUUGAUCUUCACAAAGGUGUCAUCCACGUAGCGGUACCAGUGACUUGGUGGUGUGCCCGGGAACGAGGACAAUGUGACAGUUGAUGUUACAAUUAGUUUGACAAAACUGCCUGGACUCAGGUCCCACAUGUACCUGGAGUCCAGUUAUGCUCCCAGAUAUAUUCUAUAAUGAACCAGGAAGUGUUGUUGCAAAACCAACUUGUUCUACUGCUCAAACAGCCACAGCUGUGCAGCUGUAUGUGCGUCUGAUUCUGGUCGUCAUGAUCAUCGUAUCAUCAGCAGCUGUGCUGAUAUUCUGCAGGAAGAGGGCCAGUAAACCCAAAGAACCUCCUGCAGAAUCUGAGUAUGCUACCGUCACAAAGCCCAGCCGAAUGUCUGAGGAGAUCAGAGAGGAGGACAGACACAGCAGAGCUCCUCCUGUAGAAAUAUCUACACUUUAAACUUUCCACUGCAGCCAGUUCUCAGAAGAAAACUGAAGACGACUCGAGUAACCUCACCUCUUCUCAGGUGGAUUUUUCCAACAGUACACUACCAGCUGCUGUGUGAUUGUAAAGCGGCGUGAUACGAAGCAAAGUUCGGGGGGACGUGAGUGAACAGCCUGUCUAAACUUUUUUGGGACAUCAGACGAUCUGAAACUAACCAGUGACACAAAAAAAUAUUUUUAACUUCAUGCAAAUGAGGGCAACAUUUGCCUGGAGGCUCUGAAGUGAUUAUCAGAAAAACAGACACAAAGAAAAAGUAAUGUAGUGAAACAGGAAGUUUAGUCUUCAUCAAGUGUGGAUGGAUGUCUCUGAGGGAGAGUUUCUGGGAUCCUUCUUCUGUGUGUCCCUUUGCCUUCAAGAUCACAGAUACAAACAAAAAGUGCUGCUCGACACAAUGUCUCGUACAUGUUUGGAGAAAGCGGCAGGUUGUUUACUUACACAGUGUUUGCUGUCGAUGGAAGCUUCUAAGUUACUAGCUUGCAGUGAUGUCGUGCAAUUUAUUUGCCUCCUUCUGCACUGAUAGCCGGUUAGCAGUCGCACUUUGGGGGGAAAAAAGUUCUGAAUGAAAACUGUUCCCAGGUCUGAAAGCUUCACUGAAUAAAUCCACUCUGUGCAUGGGUCGACUCCAGGACCCUCAGGUGGGUUUUUGAUCAUUAAUUUAAAGUUGUAUUUAAAGUAGUUAGUAUAUAGUUAGCAUUUAAAGUUAUUUUAGUAUAACUAUACUACUGUAGUAUAACUCUGAAUUUAUUUUAUUUUGGUGAAAUUAACAGUAAACUAUGUCAGUUAUAGCUGACAUUAAAUGUUCCUGGUGACUAGUUGUCAGAGCAGGUGUUUUAAAAUGGUUUUACAGUGUGACUGGAAAUGUAACACCAAACAGCAACUAACUGCUGGAAAAAAGUCAAUAUAUGUUUUUUAAAAUGUUAACAGUGAAGAAGAGAAGUUUGUGUAAGCUCUUUGUGUUUAUUGCAUCUGCAGAAAUGUAUAUGUUUUGUUAUUGCAGUUAGAUACUGUAUUUAUGUAUUCAUUCAUUGGUGAUGAAUCUAGUCGUCAUGAGAACGUCCUGCAAAAUUUUAACUUCCUGAUCCUUUGAUACUAAGUGAUCAAUAUUUCCGUCACAGGAAUAUAAUAAUAAAAUAUUCAUAACAUAAAUAUUCAAAUUGUACAACAAACUUCCUAUCGCUUUACUCCCCAACCUGAUGGUUCAGACACAAACAGCAUCUGUUUGAAGUGAAAGAAAGUCACUUUGGUAAAAGAAUGAAUUAGAACAGAAGCAGUCGUUUACAUAUUUUUAAUGAAAAUAAACUUGACACACAUUUUUUAAUGCAGGUCUGUUUUCGGUCUGAAUGCUCGCAAAAAGAUGCAACAACGUUUAAUAGUUCACCCUCCUGUCAUGCUUUGUUAUACGAAUUGUCUGUUUUCAUAAGUACAAAAUAAAAAUCAGCUUAAAUGUACUGAAGCACAAACACUCCUCUUGUUUUUAGAAAAUAAUUCUUGAAACAUGUUGAAUAGUAUAAGAAGCAGCUUAAACUGGCAGAUUUGUGCACUUCUUUAAACAAAAAAGACAUUGAACUCAAAAAUGGACAAAAAUGACUUAAUAAGGUGCAGACAUACUGUAGUAAUAUCUCCAAAAAUACAACAUUAAUGCUGCUUUAAUUAACAACCAAGCCUAGUUUUACUGUAAAAUCAUCCACGAACUUGCAGAUAAUGGAAUGAAAACAACGUUAAUGUAGAGGGGAGGAGAGUACAGAGUGUGUGAUGUGUUUGGAGGAGGGACUCCAUCAUUUGGAGAAGAGAGAAGUUCCUGGUUUGCCAGUGAAGAAGAAAGAGAGGCAGCGUUAAACCAUCAGAGCCUCCAACAUGAACGUUGGUCACACUUUGAUCUGCUUCUUCUUCCUCACACUGCGGGAUGGAAACACUGGUCUCAUCAAUGCAGAAAUCUCCGUCCAUACAGGAACUGAAGGAGGAAACAUCACAGUUGAAUGCUCCUUCACUUUCUCUGGAAGCAGGAAGAUCUUCUGUAAGGAAGAAUGUGAAGGAAAAGACAUUCUCGUUGAAACAACUGGUGACAGAGCUCAGAGUGGCAGAUACAGCAUUGAAUAUAAAGAAGGAAGUUUUCCACUAACUUCUACACUUCUGUAUGUGAGCAUCACAAAGCUGACUAAGUUAGAUUCAGGACGGUACAGAUGCAGUUUGGCCAGAUUUUUAAUUCCAGAUUCAUCCGAGGAGUUUGAGAUCAGAGUCACAGAUGCUCCGAUCACUUCUAAACCAAACUGGACUCUCCGACCUUUUUCAACAUCAGUCCCGUCAGCCUCCACACUGAAGACAACACAGAGUUUACGCUCCAGUUCAGGGAGCUCCACACCUUCAUCAGCCUCCACACUGAAGACAACACAGAGAUUACGCUCCAGUUCAGGGAGCUCCACACCUUCAUCAGCCUCCACACUGAAGACAACACAGAGAUUACGCUCCAGUUCAGGGAGCUCCACACCUUCAUCAGCCUCCACACUGAAGACAACACAGAGAUUACGCUCCAUUUCAGGAAGCUCCACACCUUCAUCAGCCUCCACACUGAAGACAACACAGAGUUUACGCUCCAGUUCAGGAAGCUCCACACCUUCAUCAGCCUCCACACUGAAGACAACACAGAGUUUACGCUCCAGUUCAGGAAGCUCCACACCUUCAUCAGCCUCCACACUGAAGACAACACAGAGUUUACGCUCCAGUUCAGGAAGCUCCACACCUUCAUCAGCCUCCACACUGAAGACAACACGGACUCCAGCUGCAGCCACAGGUGUGCUGCCCUAUUUGGGUCUGAUUCUUGGCGUCAUGAUCGUCGUAUUUUUAGCGGCUGUGCUGAUAUUCUGCAGGAAGAGGGCCAGUAAACCCAAAGAACCUCCUGCAGAAUCUGAGUAUGCUAAUGUCACAGAGCUGAACAGAGUGUCUGAGGAGAUCAGAGAGGAGGACAGACAGAGCAGAGCUCCUCCUGUAGAAAUAUCUACACUUUACACUUUCCACUGCAGCCAGUUCUCAGAAGAAAACUGAAGACGACUCGAGUAACCUCACCUCUUCUCAGGUGGAUUUUUCCAACAGUACAGCUGCCUCGCUCCACUGCGCCCCCUGUGGUGAUGCAGAUAACACCGUCUACUCUGUGCCUCGGGUAGAAGCGAGCUCGGACGACAGCCACGCCGAAGACACUUCACCUCCUCUGUACUAUACUGUUACUUUUCAUCAGCUGUAGCUUCAUUUACUCUCUCAGGGGCCAACAGGUGAACACAAAGUGGUUUAAAUGAGUAACAUUCACACAAAAAUCAUUUUUUUUCCCUGUGACAACCUGUGAGAAGUUAUAUCUCUCUCAUUCAUAACUGUGCUGUCACAACGUUAGCUUCAAGUUAGAGCUACUUUUAUUACUUCUUUAAGUUAAGAUUAUCAUAAAUAUUGUGGUUAAAGAUAUGAAAGUAUUAUUAAAGUUAUUUUGGUUAAGGUAAAUCAUUUGUAUGGUACAAGUUAUGUUACCAAAAGUAUUUGGGUUAUAAUUUGGGGUUCACGCUGUCUCAGUUACUCAGGAUAAUCCAUUGACUUCACUGUCAAAGGUUUUUAUUGAGAACUAUUUUCUACCAAAGUAUGACUACCAGCUGCUGUGUGAUUGUAAAGCGGUGUGAUACGAAGCAAAGUUCGGGGGGAAGUGAGUGAACAGCCUGUCUAAUCUUUGUGGGACAUCAGGCGACCUGAAACUAACCAGUGACACAAAAAAAGACUUUUUAACUUCAUGCAAAUGAGGGCAACAUUUGCCUGGAGGCUCUGAAGUGAUUCUCAGAAAAACAAAGAAAAAGUAAUGUAGUGAAACAGGAAGUUUAGUCUUCAUCAAGUGUGGAUGAAUGUCUGAGGGAGAGUUUCUGGGAUCCUUCUUCUGUGUGUCCCUUUGCCUUCAAGAUCACAGAUACAAACAAAAAGUGCUGCUCGACACAAUGUCUCGUACGUGUUUGGAGAAAGCGGCAGGUUGUUUACUUACACAGUGUUUGCUGUCGAUGGAAGCUUCUAACUUACUAGCUUGCAGUGAUGUCGUGCAAUUUAUUUGCCUCCUUCUGCACUGAUAGCCGGUUAGCAGUCGCACUUUGGGGGAAAAAAAAGUUCUGCAUGAAAACUGUUCCCAGGUCUGAAAGCUUCACUGAAUAAAUCCACUCUGUGCAUGGGUCGACUCCAGGACCCUCAGGUGGGUUUUUGAUCAUUAAUUUAAAGUUGUAUUUAAAGUAGUUAGUAUAUAGUUAGCAUUUAAAGUUAUUUUAGUAUAAUUAUACUACUGUAGUAUAACUCUGAAUUUAUUUUAUUUUGGUGAAAUUAACAGUAAACUAUGUCAGUUAUAGCUGACAUUAAAUGUUCCUGGUGACUAAUUGUCAGAGCAGGUGUUUUUAAAAUGGUUUUACAGUGUGAUUGGAAAUGUAACACCAAACAGCAACUAACUGCUGGAAAAAAUAUAUAUGUUUUUUAAAAUGUUAACAGUGAAGAAGAGAAGUUUCUGUAAGCUCUUUGUGUUUAUUGCAUCUGCAGAAAUGUAUAUAUUUUGUUAUUACAUUUAGAUACUGUAUUUAUGCCUCAUUCAUCUGUGAGGAAUCUAGUCGUCAUGAGAACAUCCUGCAAAAUUUUAACUUCCUGAUCCUUUGAUAUUAAGUGAUCAAUAUUUCCAUCACAGGAAUAUAAUAAUAAAAUAUUCAUAACAUAAA